CACGCACACAAACACAUGCUACAUAUUAGAUUAGUGUCAAAUAAGAAAAUAAAUGGUAAAGGCAAAUGAGGAUUAAAUAAAAAAAAAAAUCCACCAAACAGACAGAAUUCAUAGGGACCAUACACGACGACUGUAAAACAUAUCGAAAAUUGCAGAGCUAUCAAAACUAUUAAUGGUCUAUUAAAAUAAAAGCAUUGUAAAUAAAGCUGAAAUAAUUAGCAGCCCCGAUUCAUAUGUUUAUGACAACGAUUUGUUAAUGUAUUUUUGCUAAGAAUAAAUCUGCUUCGCCGCCGAUCCCUUGCAUUGUGACAGAUGUGCUAAAAACUGUGUUGUUUAUUGGUCACGCAGUGUAUGUCAAAUCAAACACGGGCUCCCCAAUUGGAAUUGAAAUCAGCUGUUUUUCCCCAUUAGUCUGACUUGUUGUCUACGAUCUCAGAAAGCGCUGCUCACAACGGGUUCAUUUGCAAUGAAAUGAAUGUGUCCUGGCUGAAUACAUUCAUUGGUUCCGUUAUUAAUACCACAGUGACAACUUGUGGCACAGCGGCCACAAAUAUUUACACUGCGUAUCAGCAACAGCGCAGCCUAUUAAUUGGGAAUUCAAGUGGUCUGGGUGUUUUGCAAGCCACACUUGCCGCAUUACAUCCGAAAACUGUGUACGUACGCCUGUUGGACAAAUCCACUGAAGCCCUGGAGCACUUGGCAUACGCUUUUCUGGCAUACUUUCUAGUAUGCCUGGCCAUUUAUACCAUAAUCUUCCGUUACAAGGGACUGGGUCAGUUGCGUUUGCCAUGGCCUACCUCACAUGCUGCCAAAAGAGUUCUAUUUGUUACCUCACAUCCGGACGAUGAGUGCAUGUUCUUUGGUCCGCUAAUAUACUCGUUAACACGCCAGAAACAGUGUGAAGUCUAUUUGUUAUGUUUGUCGAAUGGCAAUUAUGAAAAACAGUCAUCCAGACGCCGCGAAGAGCUAUGGCACGCUUGCACCCAUCUGGGUCUACCUCAGGGCAAUAUUAUUCUAGUCAAUGCCACAAAUUUACCCGAUGAUCCAAAUGUCGACUGGAAAACAGAUGCUGUGGCGAGUAUUAUUCUGCACACUGUUGAAACGCUAAGUAUUCAGGCCUUGUUUACAUUUGAUCGUGACGGUGUUAGCCAGCAUCCAAACCAUUGUGCUGUCUAUUAUGCUGCAGCUUCGUUAUGUCUAGCCAAUUUGUUACCAAAAGAUUGUAAAUUUUAUACAUUGGACUCGAUUAACAUUCUACGCAAAUAUUUAUCAAUUUUUGAUAUUAUCUGUACAUGUUUUAUGUCGAGAUAUUGGUGUAUUCUAAGCUGGCAAGAGUCUUCGGUGGUGCGCAAUGCAAUGAAAAAACAUCAAUCGCAAAUGAAAUGGUUCCGUUGGCUUUACAUAUUUUUCUCCCGUUACAUGUUCAUUAAUUCGAUACGUGAAGUUAAUCUAACCGAUGUGGAAUUGGAAAUGCAAAUUCAUGACAAUUGAAGACACACACGCAGACAUACAACAAUAGAACAAGUAAACAAACAAACAAAACCACAAGCCAUACAAAUACUAAAAGGACGAGUACAACUUAAUUUGCCAAGGAAACUUAUAGCAAUAAUUAAAAGAAGAAGAUAAUGCUGCUGCACACCUGAACGGCGUGGUAUUUAUGUUAAUAGUGAUGAUGAUGAUGCUGAUGAUAAUGAAACCAAAUAUUUUUUUUUAACCACCAGGAAAUGGUAUUUGUGUAGACCAUUUCUUUUUAAAUAUAUAUCCAUUCUUUUAUAAAAAAAAAGAAGAAUCGAACAACAACUACCUACCUUCAACUACAACAGGUAUUGCUACCACCAGAGUUGUAGAGCUAAUUCAAUUUUAAACAAUUUUUAAAAAAGGUUAUCCAUAGCCUUUCCCAAAAAAAGAAGUUAAUGUGAGAGAGUCAGAAAGAGAGAGCAGAUGUGAUGAAGACAGAUAUUAAUAAGAAAAUUACUGCUUUCAAAUCAAGCAACCAUCAAAAUGAAACGCUUUACAAAAACAAAUACAAUAUUAUAAAAAAAUACACAUAACACACACACACAGACAUUUAUAUACACAAUUAAGGAUUAUAUACAUUUUAUAUAUUGUCAAUUUGUAUAUAGAUAUGUGCAUACAUACAUAUAUAUUUUAUUGAUUUUAUCUAUUUUGUUGUUGUAAAACUAAUUGUUUUUUUGUCAUAGACAUGCUUAUACACGUGGUCCAUAAUAGUUAAUACUUCCUUGAAAUCUUUUGGGAAAAAUUAAGAGGGUUUGACAUACAUUUUUUUCAAAAGUCCUACGUUUUCCACUGGUCAAGGCAAAAGCAGAUAUGCUUGUCGUAAUGAUUGUCUCUCUUCAAAAUCACAACUAUUGAAAAAACAAUGUUAUCAGAGAGUGACAAAACUGGGAAAAGUGUGACUCUCGGUCAAAGCUAAAUUGAUCUGCCCUCAUAUAAAAAUGGAGACAAACAAAAUGAGAGAGCAUGACCGCCUUUUAAAGGGAGAAACACUAAAAGAAAUCGGCCAAAGAAAAGAUGUAAUGCAAUGAACUUAAAUGUUAUUUCCAAUCCCUGGUACGUCCCUCCCAAAACGUCAAUAUUUUGAAUAAGCGAAACUCUUAUAAAAUGUGAAACAAGAUUCUGAUUGCCUUCAAAUUUCCAAUACCCCAAUAUUUGUACUUACUGUAUGUAGAACGGAUGCCAAAUUUGAAAUAUUGUUCAUCCGAAAUGUUACUUUCGUGCUCCGCAGCUGUAAUAUGCACUCUUUAACAUGCGAUAUUUAGAGAAAUAUAUCAAAUGCAGCUCAGAAAUACCUUUCCAAUUUUUUUCGAAACCGAUUCAGAUUUGGAUAUAGCUUCCAUAUAUAUUUUUAUCCGAUUUCAAGUUAAUUGUGCACCAAAGGCAUAAUAUCAUCCGAUUUGUUGAAUUUGUGCUGCACAGCCGUUAUAUGCAAUCGGUAGCAACGAUAUUCGAGCAAAUAUAUCAAAUACAACUCAGAAAUACUUUUGCCACAUUUUAUCAAAAUCGGUUCAGAUUUGGAUAUAGCUCCCAUAUAUAUCUCUACUCGAUUUCAAGUUAAUUGUGCACCAAAUGGGUAAUAUAUGUAGGAAUCGAUUCAGAGCAGGAUAUUCCUCUCAUAUUUUAGUUCCUUUGGACUUUAAAUUAUAACUAUAACCAUAAUUGGUAUGAUAUAAUUCUCACAAGCGGGUGUAGGGCAUUAUAAAGUCGGUUCCACACGACAUACAGGCUUUCUUUAAUGGUUCUAAAUGGCUCAUGCUUCGGCUGUAAAAACUUCAACGUGAUUCUGUCUGAAUAAAGUAUUUCGGUGCUAUUUUCAUUGUUAAGUCAUUUCGAGUUGUCGAUGGAAGGACUCACAUAAAGGUCCAUAUACGGUCCCUCACUGUAUGUUAACAGACCUCAAAAAGGGUUAGAAGUUCCUGGCAGUGUUAUAUAAAGACAGCCGAAAUUGUUUCAUUUCAUUUGCUAUCAUACAAGGCUACAGACUAUUGAACAAAUUCGAUAAAUGUCUUCAGUCAGGAAUGAAUGAAACGAACGCAUUCAAAAUUUCUCAAUUAGAAAUGUAUUCAAUGACUUAUACCUUUCUUCCUGUCCGAUAAACCCUAUACUUGUUCCUGAAUCUGUCACAUUUUAUUUGAUUUGCAUAUUUUCGCCUUCUUAUUUCUAUUAAAAUAGAAGAAAAUAAGUUCCAAUUUAAUUAUUGCUUCCACUAUCGGUUUUCUCCAAUAUCACAUAGUUAUAUAACAGAGAUGAUACUGAAUUUGAUUGAACUUAACUGACUUUAGUUAUAGAAGUAGCUCCCAUAGAACUCUUCUUCAUGCCUUUAAAUCCCCUUUCACGAGAUUUUGAUGCGAAAAUUAAGUAUCUGGAUCACUUGUAUUAUACGACACCAAUAUGGGCCAUGAAAUUUGUGAAUGUAAAUAAAUCCCAAAAAAGGACAGUGCAAUCCUUACAGUUUUCCAUAAAAAUAUUUCGUUUUUUGUUUCCAUAACUCCUUAUCAAAUCAAAGUAUUAAAAAAACACAUAGUCUCUCCUUAAAUUGUAGACGAAUAAAAGUCUCUCCUUAAAAUGUAAACGUUUAAAAAUAUCCCAAAACGAGGCUACUAACAAUUGGUCUGUUCCAGAAUUGCAAGAAUUCAAAAGUUUGUACUACGAUAACCGAUUUUCCCUUGUAUGAUAUCGAGGAAAAUUGCAAAACUAGUAGAUUUUUGUAGGUACUGGAACAGAGCAUAAGUAAAAAUAUAUUUUCUGGACAUUCAAUUUUGCAAAGUUCAUAAAAAAUUUACAAAACAAGAUUUGUAAAAAUGCCAUUUCUUCGGAUCUAUUUAAAAAAACUGUGUGUUAAUAAUGCUCUUUAAUUUAAAGUCUGCAACAAGAUUUUGCAUAUGUAUUUGUGUAAAUGCUUAAAAAAAGUUUGUGUUACUUAGAAGAAGAAGAAAAAAAAAACUGUAAAGGUGGGAAUACGUAAAUCGCAUAUUUGGCUGGCUUCUUAGGAAAAGAACAAAGGAGCCUAGGGUCAAAAUCGAAUCGAAGUCAACCUAAAACUCUUUUGUUCCUCUACGAAGAAGCCAGCAGAAAUAGGCGCUUUAUGUAUUCCCACCUUUAGAAAAAUGUGUUUUUCCAUUUUAUUUGUAAUACAUUUUUGGUUGUAAAUUAAACACAUACACGCACCCUAUGUUUAGCAUUGGGAUACAUAUCCACAUUAUAUCCGUACCACCAAUACUUUGAGUUUCCACAAACACCUAUACUACACUCACACACACAAAUAUUCCUAUUAAAUAAUUUUACUUUUAUAUAAAAACGCUUGUGAUUUUUUGUUAUUAGAAUUAUUUGAAGAAGAAAAAAAGAAGUUGUAAAAAUACAAAAAAGCCUUAAAAUCUUAGACUGUUUUUAGUUUUUCCUUUAUUUCAACAGAUACUCCCUCCUUUUAUUUGUUUCCUAUACAUAUAAAUAUAAAUUUAGAUACUAGUUUCCUCUUGUUUUUAAAAUCCACCAUUUCACUAUUUUGUUAAUAUUUCUUUUGUAUUUUAUUGUUGUUAAACAGAACACACCAUUCAAACAAUUUAGGCACUGUAAUCUAUAGCUUUUAAAGAGAAAAAAUGAAGUUAUUUCUUUUAUUGUUUUAGUAAGAAA